AUCUUAGUAAACCAUCGAAUAUGUCGAAUUUACCUACGCCACUUCAACAAAUACUUCCAUCGGCUUAUGAGUAUCAAGUAGAUAACUACAAUGAAUUGGAACCUAAAGUCACUUCGGAAAAUGCAGGGCAUUCUGCAGCUACUGCGCGACAUGUUUAUGAGGACGAAUUACAUUUAUCAGCAUCAAGUCGUGAAGAAAUAGUACGAUUAUUAGCUGAUAGAUCAAAAAUCUGGAUGAGGGAAGUUGUAGAUUUGUAUAACAUUUCUGAUAACAGAAAAGCAGUACUUCAAGUGUAUAAUUCUUUAAAAUCAACACCCUUUAUUCUAACUAUUUCUCUCUAG